GGUUACCUUUGGUUUUAUGUUAAGAAUCAGCAUGCAGUAAAGCUCCACCUUACCUGCACUGUGUAUAUAGUAAUUGGGUGGGACUUUCUGCAGUUAAAUAUUUACCUUUGCUUCAUUGUAAGUGAGGUGGAGCAGGAUGAGGCACGGAUCUUGAGGCUUGUUCUUCCUCAGCCUGAACAACUUUUAAUGGAGAGAUUCAUGAAAACACUGUGCAAACCAUGGACAUCAACACAGCACGUGGGCAUCUAUCUGUUUUGUCUCAGUGUGCAGACGGCCCUGUGUUUAAACGAGAUAAUCCUCCUGGAUCCUCCAGAGGAGGCUCUGCCGGACAGCCGCCUGGAUGUGUUCUACUCUUGUAGUCAACCUGCCACCGUGCAGCUGGACUUGAUCGUGUUUCUGGACACUGGCCGUGCCCGCGCGUUCCGGCUGAACCACUGGAGAUGUGACCCCCAUGGUCCGAGCUUAAAGACCGUGAGGCUGAACCUGCCUGAUUGGUUGGUGUAUCGAGCUGAUGGGAUUGUUCCAGAGUCUCAGUGGGUGCAGAGUUGCAUGCUGGAAGCAGCAGUCACAUUCCCUCACAUAUUCAGUGACGCGGAGGAGUUGGUUGCAGACAGUGAUGUGGCCUUUUUAAAACCGAUUCCUUAUUUUAACCGACCUGUGAAAAGACAUCAGCUGUGCAUCACCUGGAGCAUGUUAAUGCUGCAACUGACUCCAGGCUUUUUACUAAAACAAUGUCCUCUGGAACAAGAAACGGUUCAGCUGCUGUCCUCCAUAUUUGCCUCCACUGGAGAAAACUUUGGCAUUACAAAGAAAUUGGACCCGUUCAGCAACAAAGCUCUGGAGUUUUUACGUUUUAAAGCCAUCUCUUCCCCAUGGUGUAUGUUUUCUAUGUGGGUAUUAGUGACCAGACACUGCCAAGGAAAGUUGUGUGGACUGUUCCAUCAUACAGACUCCCAGAAUAACUACAUCUCACCAUCACUGUUCCUCACAAACUCAGGUCAGCUCCACAUCCAGAUAAGUGGACGGUCAAAGAAAUCCCCUGCAUUUCUCUCACCCUUUAAGGUGCAUCUAAGAGAGUGGUGCCGAAUCAAUGUGAUGCUGCUUGCUGAAAGGGUAACAGUCUCUGUGGUGUGCAUAGACAAUGAGCAAAGGACAGAUUAUUCUGUGGAGUACAUGCUUGGACAUGAUAUCAUGCUGAAUGACACACAGGGACAUUUUGUGAUCGGUGGAGGUAAAUACAUCAAAGGUGUGGAGGGUUUUUAUGGACCAGUAGUUUACCACCGCAACAGAGUGGUACCUCAGAGCACGUCUGAAGUUGUUCUUCCAGAGGUAGUCAGGGCUGUGAAUCUGACUGGAUGGCUGCAGACAUGUCAAGCAUUUCGUCUGGAGAUGAAUGCAAAGAUCAGUGAAUAUUCUCAUCAGGCCCAACAGGGGAAAGAGUCAGACACCUGCUUUGAUGUUUACCAUGAGUGGCGGGUAAAGGAGAGACAGCCUUCAGAAUCACAGUGUGAGCUGUGGGAGGAAACUCUCCCUCAGAGGGGACGAGCUGUGAAACUGGUCAAAAUUUUGGCUUUCAAACAUGGAGGAAGAGGACUGAGCCUGACAGCUGUGGGCAGAGCGCUGUACUCAUUAUCACUUCACAAGCUGCACAGAGGUAACGGAACUGGAGCGGUCAGCACAAUAUUACCGCUGCUGCUCCAAGCUGGCUGCUUAGCUGAUAACCGAGCUCUGCACAUGGCAUCUGUGCUCUACAGCUCCGGCCUGGGAAUCAAGAAACAGACCUAUAAGUCCUGGCUCCUGGCCCUGCUGGCAGCCCAGAAGGAUGAUCGAUUAGCACUUCUGCAUCUUGGGCACCUGCACCACCAGGGUCUGCAUGGCUUUCCUGCAGACCCAGCCCUGGCCUAUGCAUACUAUGCAAACAUUGCUAUACAAACAGCAGUCCGCCGUUAUCCCACGCCUGAGCAGAUGGUCCUGGGUUUAGAUGAAAUAAUGCUCCUGAAUCCUCCUGAGGAAGCUCUGCCAGACAAUCUACUGUAUGUAUUUUACUCUUGUAAGGGACCUGCUACAGUUCAGCUGGACUUAAUCGUAGUUUUUGACACUGGCCUCUCUGAGAUACUCCGGCUGAACCACUGGAGAUGUGACCCCUUUGAUCCCACUAUAAAGGCUGUGAGGCUGAACCUGCCUGAUUGGUUGCUGUAUCAAGCUGAUGAGAUAGUUCCUGACUCUCAGUGGGUGCAGAGUUGUACGCUGGAAGCAGCAGUCACAUAUCCUGUAUUGGAUGACGAUGAGGAGUUGGUUGCAGCUGCGGAUGAGGCAGCUUUGGAGCCUGUUCCUUAUUUUGACCGGCCUGUGAAACGGCAUCGGCUGUGCAACUCCUGGAGCAUGGAUAUGCUACGAUUAACUCCAGGCUUUGUUGAGAAACAGUGUCCUUUUGAACAAGAAACAGUUCAAUUGCUGUCCUCAAUUUUUGCCUCCACUGGAGAAAAGUUUGGCAUCACAACAACUCUGGACCCAUACAGUGAUAAUGGUCUGGAGUACCUGCGUGUGAAAGCCAUCCCCUCUCCAUGGUGUAUGUUCUCUGUGUGGAUAUUGGUGACCAGACACUGCCAGGAAGAGAUAUGUGGACUGUUUCAUCAUAUAGACUCCCAGAAUAACUACAUCUCACCAACACUGUUCCUCAGAAACUCAGGUAAGCUUCACAUCCAAAUGAACGGGUGGUCAGAGGAAUCUUCAGCUUUUCUCACCUCGUUCAAGGUGCCUCUGAGAAAGUGGUGCCGAAUCAGUUUUAUGAUGCUCAUUAAAAGGGUAACAGUCAACAUGGUGUGUAUAGAUAACGAGCAGAAAACAGAUUAUUCUACCAAUUACAUCUUUGCGCAUGAUGUCGUGAUGGAUGACACAGAGGGAUAUUUUGUGAUCGGUGGAGGUAAAUACAUCAAAGGUGUGGAAGGUUUUUAUGGACCAGUGGUUUACUACCGCAACAGAGUGGUACAUCAGAGCCCGUCUGAAGUUGUUAUUCCAGAUGUAGUCAGGGCUGUGAAUCUGGCUGGAUGGCUGCAGACAUGCCAAGAAUUUCAUCUGGAGAUGAGUGCAAAGAUCAGUGGAUACACCCACCAGGCCAGAAGGAGGGAAGAGUCUGACAUCUAUGUUGAUACUUUCCACAAGUGGAUAGUAAAGGAGAGACAGCCUUCAGAACCACAGUGUGAGCUGUGGGAAGAAACUCUCCCUCAGAGGAGACAAGCUGUGAAACUGGUCAAGAUGUUGGCUUUCAAACAUGGAGGAAGAGGGCUGAGCCUGGCAGCUAUGGGCAGAGCGCUGUACUCGUUAUCACUUCACAAGCUGCACAAAGGAAGCAGAACUGGAGCGGUCAGCACAAUAUUACCACUGCUGCUCCAAGCUGGCUGCUUAGCUGAUAACCGAGCUCUGCACAUGGCAUCAGUGCUCUACAGCUCCGGCCUGGGAGUCAAGAAACAGACCUAUAAGUCCUGGCUCCUGGCCCUGCUGGCAGCCCAGAAGGAUGAUCGAUUAGCACUUUUGCAUCUUGGGCACCUGCACCACCAGGGUCUGCACGGUCUUCCUGCAGACACAGCCCUGGCCUAUGCAUAUUAUGCAAAUAUUGCUACGCAGACAACUUUAGACCGUCUCAAUCCCACACCAGAGCAGACAUUUGUUGAGGCAGUUUAUCUAAACAAUGACGAGGUGUUGAAUCUCCAAACUGAUAAGGACCAUCACAUCUUUCAAUGGCUGAAACUGCAGGCCCGCAGGGGAGCGACUGAAGCAGAGCAAGCAAUUGGUCGCAUGCUGUUCUGGGGUCAGCAGGGAGUGUCUCCAAACAUCCAGGAGGCUGUGAGGCACUAUGAAAGAGGAGCUGUCCGGUGGGAGGACCCUGCUUCGAUGUAUGAUUACGGCAUCGUUCUUCUGCAGGGUCAAGGUGUUGAAAAGGACGUUCCAAAAGCUGUCCGUUUCCUAAAGAAAGCGAUGGACAAGAAUUUUGUUCCUGCAAUCAACGCCCUGGCCUGGUAUUACGAGCAGCAUGAGAAAGACUAUGAGAAGGCAGUGAAGCUGUGGGAGCAGGCUGAUCUUCUUAAGAGUCCAGAUGCUGCUUUGAACCUUGGAGUCGUGUACUCACAGGGUCUGUACCCUGGAAAAGCUGCAGACAAGUUCAUGGCCUAUCAGUACUACCUGAAGUCUGCACAGAGAGGGCACAUCAGAGGAGCGGUUCAGCUGGCUGACAUCUGGACUACUGGGAUACCUGGCCACGUUGACAGACGUCCAUCAGAUGCCGUUUUGUGGGUGAAGUGGGCAGCUGAGCACAACGGAUACCUGGGCAGCAUCUUGCGGAGAGCCUUGGAUUCAUAUCUCAAGAAUGACAUGUUCCACUCCCUGUUAUAUUACAUGGUGGCUGCUGAGUGUGGAUACGCUCCAGCACAAUUCAAUGUGGCAUAUCUUUGUGAACAGAAUAAGUUCUUCAGUAUUCUGGACCCUGCUUUAGCUUCAAGUUGCAUGUGGAGAUAUUACAACCUGACAGUCCAAAAUGAAAAUCCUGACCCGUAUGCCUUGAUUAGGAUGGGUGACCUGCUGUAUGAGGGGCAAGCUGACAUGCCCGGAGACUUGUUUUCUGCAGCAAAGAUGUACUCGCAUGCAGCACUAAGGAAGGAGCCACAGGGAUGGUACAACCUUGGCCUCCUUGUUGCGGAGGGUUACAGGCUGCCGCUGUCAGUAUUGAUCAAUCUGGGCCUUUCAGAGCUCUACCUGCAAGACAACAUUACGCUUCAAAGUACCUUGUAUGAAAGAUGCAGAGAUUCAGAGGACACAGAUGGGUUCUUCCCUUGCAGCCUUGCCCUCUACAAUGUGUAUUUUCAAACAUUUCAAAAUGACUAUCACACUGCUGUUAAGGUUUCAACAGCAGCUGCCAUUGUUGCAGCUUCAACAAUGAUAGUAAUCAUCCCAAUUUCACUCAGAAGACUCAUGCUGUCCCUUAACUAGAGCCAAGAUUCACAACAGGAUCAACAAACAACAAACUGAGGGACUGAAGAUCGACCAGCACUUAAACAGCACAAUGACAUCUCACCAGUUUACAUAUGUUGUUGGAAAUACUGUACAGAACAAACCUGGUUGUUAUAAAGAUGGCUGUUUUAAAUGUAUUGUGGUUGUAAGGUUAAUUCUGUUACAAUACUGUAUUGUCUUUAAUUAAAUUAAUAUAUUGAUAUUAAAUUGAACUGAAUUGAAA